GCCCCCGCCUCCAUCCACAGCGGCCACGCCCGCUCCCCCCUCCCCUCCCCUCUCCCUAGUCCCUCCUCGUCCCCGGACGCGGCGUGCCCGUCCGUCAGCCACCGACUCCCUCCCCCACCGCCCCGAUCCGGAGCCGAGUCGCCCUUGCUCAGGAGGCAGAGAGCCCCGAACCGCGGCGGGAGGGAGGGCGGCCUUCCUCUUAGCUUCCACCCCGCCGGAGGCCAGCCGCCCCAUGGGCCGGUCGCCCGCGCGCGCUACGUACCAGCUCAUCGACCGCCGGAAAGGGCUUGGGUAACUCUUUGUUGAAAGAACCUCUCUUGUACAUGUAACAUUGCAUGUAAUUUCUGUUAAAGAUGAGUUCUCUGAAUAAAGUUGUUUCAAAUAGUGGGGAUGUGUGUUCGGUGUUACCUAGUAAAGCAACAUCAUUAAAUCCCAAUGCAGCAGAAUUCGUACCUUCGUUUAUUAAACCAUCUGUUGGAAAUAGCACAGCUCCAGAUGUAGCUAAGUCAGAUUUUAGGGGGUCUUCUGGAAAAACAAUCCUAGAUAGGUCCGAGUCUUCAAAGUCUAAUAACUCGGAUGAUGAGGCGCACCAGUUUUGGCGCAAGCAGCUUCCAGAUGACAUUAUUCCAGACUUCUCUGCAUUUGAGAAAAUUGAACUAGGGCCUGAAGAAUUGUCUCUUGCUGGAUUAUCCUUGAAUGCGCCGCCCUUUUAUGGGACAACUUCCAGCCGUUUCUCAAGAGAACAUCAAGAAUUAUCUUCUCCAGCUACCAAGGGCCUGGAACUGGAACAUACUAAUCUACUGUACGAAGAUAAUUAUUUGGGUUCAAGCAACUGGGAACAAAAUUAUAUUGGUGAUCUUCAUAUUGCUAAUGGGAACCAGGACCUUCAUUAUGAGUCUGAAAGCGCUGCAGGCUUUUCUGACAGUUUUGCUAGUGAGUAUGCUGCCGCAGUUGAUGGUGUUGUUGACCCCCUUGAGUACUUGGCAUCUCAGUUCACUGGAUUUUCAGCAGAGAGCCUUGCAGAGCUAUACUAUGCAAAUGGAUGCGACUUCAACCAUACCAUUGAAAUUCUCACCCAGCUAGAGAUGCAAGUUGAUCCUACACCCAAUCACGCAAUGAAUUUGACCCCCAGAGCACCAAACUUUAGCAUGGGGGAUUUUCCUGCUCUGCCAACUGCUGAAGACCAGAAUGGUUUCAGUAAGGGGAAUGUGGAUGUCCUUGGCAUCUUCAAUGGGCGUGGUUCAUCCACCAUAUCAGGUGGAGCUGGUGAUUUUGUUUCAGCUGUCCGCAAACUUGCAUCCCAAAAUUCAGGCCACUGGAAGUUUAAGAAAGGUCCUGAAUAUGGAAAUGGUGUUUCGUCUCAUUCUGUACCGAAACAGUACGGUACUAGCACCAAACAAUCAUCUGGGAACAAAUUUCAAAGUGUCAGCGGUGCAAGAGUUGCUCCAUGGCUCGAGACUGGUGAUGCUGUGGCAAAUAUGUACUCCGAAUCAAGGGGGGAAGCUCGGGAUUUUGCUAGGGUCAGAAAUGCUUGCUUUGAGCAGGCUAGACAGGCUUACUUAGUUGGCAACAAAGCUCUGGCCAAGGAACUGAGCAUGAAGGGUCAGGCGUACAAUGCACAAAUGAAAGCAGCUCAUGAGAAAGCCAGAGAAGCUAUUUAUCGACAAAGGAAUCCUGUUUCGCAACGGGGAGGUGAUGGUCUGAUUGAUUUACAUGGACUGCAUGUGAGUGAAGCAAUCCACAUCCUAAAGGUUGAGCUUGCUGCCAUGAAGAACGCAGCAAGGGCUGCAGGGGAGAGGAUGCAGGUCAUGGUAUGUGUCGGGACAGGCCACCACACCAAGGGCUCGCGCACCGCAAGGUUGCCCAUCGCCGUGGAACAGUUCCUCCUGGACGAAGGCCUCCACUACACGCAGCCUCAACCAGGUCUUCUCCGCGUCAUGGUGUACUAACAUCUCUUAGGUAAGACACCACGGAGGAAAAAAAGGACCGCCCAAAAAAUCAAGAAAAGAGAUGUACGGAAAACACAAAAAAAAGCGUCGUUGGAGCACGCACUGUAAUUUCCUUGUAGCUGUAUAUUAAAAGAGGCAGCAGGAGAAUAGCCUGACAACAGAAUACAGUGUAAAAUUAUACAUAGCUUCAUUCAAUUCACAUUCCAUUCCCAUC